GCGCGGGAGGGAGGGAGCUAAGGGGCUGAUUUUUAUCUUUUACCGGAUCGAGAAGGGGAGGAGGCACAGAGAAUGAGUUAUUCUUGUAGCAGCACAGAGCCUGUUUGCUGUACGGUGUAUUAGCCAGCGCGCAUCUAAAGGCUGCGACGCAAGUAAAUCGGCUCCUGCGGCGACGACGCCGACAGCAUCAGAAAGCCUCCGUUCCUGUCAGAUUGCACACCAAACAGCCCUCUUCUGUUGGACAUGAAAGUGCAGCAAGGCUGCAACUCAUCAGACAUGGGGAUCCCGGUUACAACUGAAGAAGAAUUGCGCAGAAAUACCGUAAUAACGCCCGAGGAUGUGCUUGGGCUGCAGAAGAUCACCAAGAAUUAUCUUUGUUCUCCAGAAGAAAAUGUUCACAUGAUUGACUUCACCAGGUUCAAGAUCCGUGACAUGGAGACAGGGACAGUCCUGUUUGAGAUCACCAAACCGCCAACACCAGCAGGAGGCAGGAAGCACUGCGACCCCAACGCCGGCCGCUUUGUCCGAUACCAGUUCACCCCGGCCUUUCUGCAGCUGCGGCAGGUUGGAGCCACAGUGGAGUUCACAGUUGGGGACACACCCAUCAACAACUUCCGCAUGAUAGAGAGACACUACUUCCGCGAUCAGCUGCUCAAGAGUUUCGAUUUCGAGUUUGGCUUCUGCAUGCCCAGCAGCAAGAACACAUGCGAGCACAUCUACGAGUUCCCUGCGCUGUCUGAGGAGAUCAUGCGUGAGAUGAUUCUGCACCCUUAUGAGACGCAGUCUGACAGCUUCUACUUUGUGGACAACAAGCUGGUGAUGCACAACAAGGCAGACUAUUCCUACAGUGGGGGACCAUAGGAUAGACCACCACCACCACACCGCCCCUUCACUCCUACCUGUUGUAGACAUUUUCUGCCAUCCGCAUGUACCAAUUCAGGCCCAGAAACAGAUGAACUGACGGACAGUUCGCUGGCAUUAAACACUUGUGUCUCACUCCUGUUAACUACAUGAAUUUCCAUUCAGGUAUUCAGCUGCCAGACCAAUAGAUUUCUCUUUUUGCAGGAACAUGAAAUUCUGUCGGUUCUAUCGUUAGUUUGCAUCAGUGCGUGUGAGUGAGUGUGUGGGCAGCAAACACAUGCAGUGUCUGUACAUACUGUUGAUUUCACUCUGUAUAUGUGAAUCCCACUCAAUCAUCAGGAAAACACUGAUUAAUUUUAAUUUUCAUAGCAGUUAACAGAAAAAGGACACAGUGAGUGUUGUUUGUCAUCACUAAGCCAGAUGAGGCAGACACACAGCGCGAGACAAAGAGAGAAACUAGUUAGUUACCCUACAGCAGUUUAAUAAUAAGUAAUCCCUUCAGAUGUACAUUUAUAUAGUUUGUAUAGGAAUCUCUUUACAUUUUUACUCCUGAAGUUUCUUAAAUUUAUUGUAGCACAUACCUGAAUGAUUCCUCCCAUGAUCUUGCUCUGCCAUCAUUCAUUUGAAUGACAUGACCAACAGAAGUGUGUACUUUGUCUAUGUGUUGUACGUUUUCAUGUUCAUAGUACUACUACUGCUUCAGGAGUAUUUUUUUUAAACAAAUAGACAUUUUGAAGCUUCAAAACAAUAACAUUAGCCAAACGUCAAACCAAUUUUGAUAUCCGGUACAUUCUCUGUAGUACUGAACACUGUGGAUACUUUAAUGAUGAUAAAUGUUUUCAGUAUAAAAUGAAAAAUGAUGUAAAGUUUUAACAACAGAAAUUCCAUCACCGCAAUAAAUAUGGGAUUUUUUCGAAAACUUGAUGUUUGUUGUUUGUUUAUCCUUUCACAAAACGAUGUGACGCACAAAGGGAAAACAUGCUAGAAAUGACAGACAACAGAGUAAUGAAUGAGCAUAAAAUAGAAUCAGAAUUAGAGCAAACUGAAUGGACAACACAAAAGAAAGAAAACCCAGUCAAUGUAACAUAUUCUGCUGGUGCUUUGUUCUUGUUUAUCUCUUUAGAAUUGAAUUUCUUUCAUCAGCCUUUUUUUCCUUUUGUAUUGGUGAGACAAACUCCUCGCUCCUUUAUCAUUAUUGCCUAAUACAACAGUUGAAAUUUAUACGGUAUCUUCUUAAAUACAGUAUUAAUAAUUUCCACAGGUCACAGGUUUGGUGUUUUACCAUAUUGCAACAAUCACUUUAAGAGCACUGAUUAAAGAUCCCUUUGUUUGAGUUAAUAAUAUGUGUAUGAUAAACUAUUUCAGAGAAUUCUUUUUAGAUUUAUUUAAAAAUAACACUCUUCAUAAACACAGCAGUUCUUGAAACUCAGUAACCCAAAGUGCUAAAAUGAUAUCUGGUUUGUCAGGCUGUUUAAUUUAGAGAACACAAGCAGGGAAAUAUGAACAGAGAGUAAAAGAUGUAACUGUUACAUCAGAAGACAACUCCUCGUACGAAACAAGCUUCAGGUCACAAAGCCUCUUUGCUGCCAUCUUCUGUGACAUCAGUCUUACUGCACUGUCACCAUGACAACAAGUAUCACCAUCCAUCAGGCAACCACUGUUAGCAGACGUCAUUGUGGACAAAUGACAAGUUCUUCCUGUGAUGAGAGCCACGGUGGAGCAAAUGUAAAAUAUACAACACAAUAUGUCACAGAUUUGUUUUCAAUAAAAAUACCAUUUAAUUUUAUUGAACUUCAAUUUAGAUGUUCAAACCUGCAGUAACAGUGGAAACAGGUUGUGAACACAACACUGAUAUAAAAUAAACUUUUGUUACGGUAAAACAGCUGCUUAUUUACACAGUCAGCAGUUACAGAGCAACAUUGCCAUUUAUUUUGAAGUCAUGUUUGUGUUCACCUGG